AUGGCGCCCAGAAGGAAUGCGCAGUCGACCGCUGCUGAGCUGUCGCUCGUGCAUCUGAAGAACUGUCUUGUCAACCUGCCUACAUCGUUGGUUACCCUGCUGGUCAACGUAAACACUCCCGCCCAGAAUGUCGUUGUCGAACUCACAUACCGACCGGCUCCGUCCAGUGGCCAGACCGGAGCCCCCAAGGAGCAAUCCGUCUUCGUUGGUUGGACGGGAAUGCCGAGCAAGAGGAGAGCUGCUCAGUUAGUAGGACGUGACGGACUGACCAGCUCGCGCGGCUCAACGCGAGAUCAAGAGAUACAACUAGUCGAAAUCGACGCGACGUUCGCAAACACUCUCGGCCUGACAGAUGGCGAAAAGGUCAUGGCCACCGUCCACGUCGACCCUCCGCUGGCACACACCAUCAACAUCGAGCCUCUGACGCCUGAAGACUGGGAAAUCAUAGAACUGCACGCAACAUUCCUCGAACUCAACUUGCAAUCCCAGAUACGAGCGCUUCCCAACCCGGCGUAUGUCCCUACCGGCGGUGCUGCAGUCCCUGCGCAUCCAUUGACUCUGCAUCUAUCACCGACGUCGACAGCGGUCAUAAAGAUCAUGUCUCUCGAACCCGCGCCAGCAGCCGACGUGGCUUUUGUAAAGCUCUCCCCCAAUGCCGAAGUCAUCGUCGCGCCGAAAACGAGAGCCAAGGCCUCGCAGAACAGUGGUGACCACCGAAGCGUCGCGAGCACAUCAAAGUCCAAACGAAGCGGGGCCAGCACCAUUCGAAGACGAAGCGCCAGAGAGGAAAAGAGACCAUCUUUGCUGCUCCGCGCAAUCGAUAGGGCUGCAUGCAACGAAUGGUUCGAUGAGGGCAUCGCAGAGCCCGGGCUCUGUGUCUGGGUGGAUCGUGACUAUAUCCUGUCCAACGACUUUAGGGGCGUCAACUACGUUGUGGUGGAUGUUCUCAAGCCUGCGGGACUCCAGAAACCACAGCCCGAAGACGGAUCUGCAGCAGUUGCGAGCAAUGCAUCAUCCAAGAUUGUUGCCAAGCUGAAGCCAUGGGACGAUCCGCCCAACGGCCAGGCGGCGGCAUUGUCAGCGGCAUUGUGCGCUGCCCUCGGGUGCACAGGCAUCGUUGGUGGUAUUGUCAAGAUCCAAGCCGCCCCUCAGCCUCUCCCUCGCGGAGCUGUCCAGCAAAUCAAGGUCUUCCCCUUUGCGGCAGGCUCAAAGGCACCCGAGGGCCUGAGAUUUGGAAUUGAGACCAAGGCGGAGAAGGAAGAAUCCACCAAGAGAUUUAAGCACAUCUACUCUGGGUCCAAGGGAUCCGAGGGACUUUUGCAAGGGCCCAUAACCGAUGGCAUCGUUGUUGAUCUGUACGACGGCCUGGAAGCUCCGCAGGGAUGGGAAGGGGGCAUCAUCAAGUUUGAGUAUAGCUCGGAUGUUGCAUCGCAAGAGCAGAACAAAGACGCUGCUCUCUGGCUGGCCGGCUUGGAUCCGAAAAUACCCAUCGACUUUCAACAACCGGUACCACGACCCCCCUGGAUUUCCGAGACGGACCUAUUUGAAUUGCAGCCGUCUCACGACUCAUUGCUCGUUGGCAUCGACUCGCUGCUCGCAAAUCUCCAGUCACACCUUGCUCACAUGUCUUCUGUUCUGCUCACUGGAACAAAGGGCUCCGGCAAGACAUCUGUUGCUAGGUAUCUCGCCAGCCGACUUCGUGAGGAGACACUAUUCUACACCAUCUACUUUUCCUGUCGUAAGCUGGUGACCGACGAGGCGAGGAUAUCCACCAUCAAAGAAACUCUCAACCGCAUAUUCAUGCUGGCCAGCUGGGGCGCAAGGCUGGGCGGCAAAGCGAUUGUUGUUCUUGACGACCUGGACAAGCUGAGUCCUGUGGAAACGGAGCUCCAGGUCGGAAACGACAACGGACGAAGCCGUCAAGUCAGCGAAACGAUUCGAUCUGUCGUGCGGCAGUACUGCACCAAAGACAGCGGCGUCGCGUUGCUGGCAACGGCAGAGGGCAAGGACACCCUCAACAGCGUCGUCGUCAGCGGCCACGUCGUCCGCGAGAUCAUCGAGCUAAAGGCCCCUGACAAGGAUGGACGGCGGAAAAUCAUGGAGGCCAUUGUUAGGCAGAACGCAGUGGCCCAGGAUGAGGCUUCGGGACAGGUGAGCGACGGUAGCCGGCCGACGACUGCCAACGGCACGGAGAAUUCCGAAGAGGCAAGCGACUGGCUUCACGGGCAUGGUUCGGCUGCCAAUGGCCACGAGGACGGCUCGUCGGGCAAACCCGGCGGCUUCAUACUGGAUUCAGACCUGGACUUUCUCGACAUUGCCGGUUUGACUGACGGAUACUUGCCCGGUGAUUUGACGGUUUUCAUCGCCAGAGCCAGAAACGAGGCAAUCAUUCGAUCCAUCAGCUUGACUCCCGAAGACACUAUCGGAGCAGUUCAUCUUAGCCGUGCGGAUUUUGACAAGGCCAUUAAGGGGUUCACGCCGGCGUCCUUGCGCAACGUAUCCCUGCAGAGCUCGACGACCACAUUCAAGUCCAUCGGCGGCCUGCAGGAGACGCGCCAAGUCCUCCUCGAGACGCUGCAGUACCCGACAAAGUAUGCUCCCAUCUUCUCCCAGUGUCCUCUUCGGCUCCGAUCCGGUCUUCUCCUGUACGGGUUCCCCGGCUGCGGCAAGACGCUCCUGGCCAGUGCUGUCGCGGGAGAAUGCGGUCUCAACUUCAUCAGUGUCAAGGGUCCCGAGAUUCUCAACAAGUACAUCGGUGCGUCAGAAAAGAGCGUGCGAGAUCUCUUUGACCGAGCGUCAGCCGCCAAGCCUUGUGUCUUGUUCUUUGAUGAAUUCGACUCCAUUGCGCCGAAGCGUGGCCAUGAUUCUACUGGUGUGACGGAUCGCGUGGUCAACCAGCUGCUGACGCAGAUGGACGGUGCUGAAGGUCUCUCUGGCGUGUACGUCCUGGCGGCUACGUCGCGACCCGACCUGAUCGAUCCGGCGCUGCUGCGACCCGGUCGUCUCGACAAGUCGCUGCUGUGCGAUAUGCCAUCGCUCGACGACCGAGUGGACAUUAUCAAGGCGAUGCUGCAAAAGGUCCGGCUAUCGAGCGAGCUGACCGAGUCGGAGGAGGCACUGAGAUCGAUUGCCCAAAAGACGGAGGGAUAUUCGGGUGCCGACCUGCAGGCCCUGGUGUCAAACGCCCAGCUCGAGGCUAUCCACGAUGUAUUGGGAGACAUCAACAGCCCGGCAUCUACAACCCGGCGUGGCAAAGAUAGCAAGGGCGCAUCGUCGGCUACCGGUUUUGUGCAGUUCCGCUACGGCGCCGACGACGAGACGGCAGCUCCGGUGGCAGCCAAGAGCAGAUCUGCCGCGCUGGUUGAAAACGCCGCCAUCAUGUCCAAGCUGGAGCAGAUCAAAGUGGCGCGACGCAAGGCCAAGGAGGCCCGCAGAGGUCCUGGCGUCGAUGAGGCCGAGGGCAAGGAGUCGGCCGACCAGCGAGAGGUGGUGGUCGGUUGGUCUCACCUCACAAAGGCUCUGGAGAGCACGAGAGCGUCUAUCGGCAAGGAUGAGAAGGCGAGGCUUCAAAAGAUCUAUCACGAGUUUGUAGUGGGCCGGAGCGGGCAGAUGAAGGACGGGCAGGGAAGCAUGGAGAUUGGGGGUAGGAGUAGCUUGAUGUAA